CGGACAAAGUGCUUCUAGUCCCUUCUUGACAUUUAACAAUCUUUAAACACCAGAGAUAUACACACACCCAUCUCUCGGACGACCAUUUGAAUAUACACAAUAAUGUCUGUCAGCUCAACAUCUGGAACCAUGCUCAGGCGAACAGUCCUCGGCGCCAGACUGGGGAUGCAGCCGCUGCGAGCUGGCGAAACUUCUUCCCGGGCAAUCAGACCCGCGGUGUUCGGAUCGUACAGGAGUGUCCAUCGUUCGGCGCGGAUGCCUGCCAUCACGCCGUCAGAGGCUCGCCACCGGCCGACUCUCCGGCCUAACCACCAGUCUGUGUCGAGGGUCAACGGACCGUCGAACGCGAAGCGCACAAUCUUCAUCCAGACGGAGAACACCCCCAACCCGGAUGCUUUGAAGUUCAUUCCCAACCACCGCGUCCUGCCGGAAGGCUUUCCGACAUCGUUCCUCGAGUAUCUUUCUCCGCGGUCGACCCUCGCCCCGCCGCAUCCCUCGCCGCUGGCGGCCAACCUGCUGAACGUCGACGGCGUCUCGUCGGUCUUUUACGGGGCAGACUUCAUCACCGUGACCAAGUCCAGUGAUGCGAACUGGGCGCACAUCAAGCCGGAUGUGUUCAGUCUGAUCACGCAGACGGUGACGACCGGCGAGCCCAUCGUCAACACGGUGGCCAAGACCGGCGAGCAUGCGCAAGAGGGUGGCGAGGAGGAGUCGCUCAGCUUCAACGAGGAGGACGAUGAGGUCAUCGCCAUGAUUAAGGAGCUGCUGGAGACGCGGAUCCGUCCUGCCAUCCAGGAGGACGGUGGCGACAUCGAGCUCCGCGGGUUCGAGAACGGGAUCGUCAUGCUGAAGCUGCGUGGUGCUUGCCGUACUUGCGAUUCCAGCACUGUUACCUUGCGCAAUGGUAUUGAGUCCAUGCUGAUGCAUUAUAUCGAAGAAGUACGAGGCGUCGAGCAGGUAAUGGACCAAGAAGAGGAGGUGUCCAUGCACGAGUUCGCCAAGUUCGAGGAGAAGCUGCGCCAGCAGAAGGGACCCGAGGCGACAGCCAGCGGUGGUGCGAUUGACGCGACAUCUUGAAAAGCAAUCUCUGUUCUUUCCUUAUUGACUUCUUUCUUGUGUAUUAUUGAGUCUGGUGCGGACUUAUCCUGACUGAUGCAGUUCACCUUCUGCCAGCUGUAUAGUGGAUAAAAAAUAAUUUAGAACCGGUAGAGGAAUACCUAUGAUAUAUCAAGUAUAUAAACACCGUCUUCUCCAUCCAU